AAAACUCUCAUAAUUAAAUACUGAUUUCUAGUUUUCUACAAUUUCUCUUUCUGUGUAAAUCCCAAAAACGCUCUUUGAAUUUUUCUUCUUCUUCUUCUUCAAUGGAGUGCACCAAGAGAAUAACAAUCUCUGAACAUUUUCUCUCUUACAGAACAAAAAUAUUAUCUGGUUUCACAUUAGGUGUUUUAGGUUCUCUCGUUUUUCUAACUCUUCUCUUUUUUAACUCGUCUUUCAAAAUUCCCAAACUCCAAGUUUUUAUUCAAGGAUCUCAAUUGAAUCGAAACUCUUCUUCUUCAUUCUCUAAAUGGCAUUUUCCGUUUUCCACAUUCUCUUCCGAUUCCAAUCUUUCUGUUACUCCUCUUCACACGAUUCACGAAGAAGAAGAACAACAGAGUGUAACUCGUCAAGUGAAUGUGUCAGAUAAGGGUUUCCAGAAUGGGAAAACGAAUUCGGGGAAUUUUUCUGAAAGUUUAUCGGAUCGUGAUAGGGUUGCGAAAGUUGGGAACUUGUCUGUUGGGGAAACACGUUUGGGGAAUUAUUCUGAAAAUUUAUUGGAUCGUGAUAGGGUUGCUAAAGCUGGAAACUUGUCUGUUGGGGAAACACGUUUGGGGAAUUUUUCUGAAAAUUUGUUGGAUCGUGAUAGGGUUGCUAAAGCUGGAAACUUGUCUGUUGGGAAAAGUGAAAUUGAUGGAAAGGGAAACUCGAGUGUUUCUGUGUCGGUGGAGAAAACUACAGAGAGAAUUGAUGGAAAGGGAAACUCGACUGCUUCUGUGUCGGUGGAGAAAACUAUAGACAGAAUUGAUGGAAAUGGAAACUCGACUGCUUCUGUGUCGGUGGAGAAAACUAUAGACAGAAUUGAUGGAAAGGGAAACUCGACUGCUUCUGUGUCGGUGGAGAAAACUAUAGACAGAAUUGAUGGAAAGGGAAACUCGAGUGUUUCUGUGGCGGUGGAGAAAACUAUAGAGAGAAUUGAUGAAAAGUGUGAUAUAUUUGAUGGGAAUUGGGUGAGAGAUGAAUCGAAACCUUAUUAUCCUUUGGGUUCUUGUCCAUAUGUGGAUAGGGAUUUUGAUUGUCAUCUUAAUGGGAGGCCUGAUAGUGAUUAUGUUAAGUGGAAAUGGAAGCCAAGUAAGUGUGACAUUCCAAGUUUGAAUGCAACUGAUUUCCUGGAAAAGUUGCGAGGACAGAGAUUGGUUUUCGUUGGGGAUUCACUGAACAGGAACAUGUGGGAGUCCAUGGUGUGUAUUCUACGUCAAAGUAUCAGUGACAAGAAACGUGUUCACGAAAUUUCAGGAAAAAGGAGAUUUAAGAAGAAAGGUGUCUACUCUUUUAGAUUUGAGGAUUAUAAUUGUUCAGUAGAUUUUGUGAGUUCAACAUUUAUUGUACGAGAGUCGACUUUCAGUGGCAUUAAUGGGUCUUUUGAGACAUUAAGAUUGGAUUUGAUGGACGAGAAAACUAUCAGGUAUCAUGAUGCUGAGAUCAUAGUCUUCAAUACAGGCCAUUGGUGGACACAUGAAAAGACAUCUAAGGGAGAAGACUAUUAUCAAGAAGGCAACCAUGUAUACCCAAGACUCGAAGUUCUGGAUGCAUAUAAAAGGGCAUUGACCACGUGGGCUAGAUGGAUUGACAACAAUAUUGAUCCAAAUCGAACACAUGUUUUCUUCCGAGGAUACUCAGUUACCCAUUUCAGUGGUGGCCAAUGGAAUUCAGGAGGAAAGUGCCACAAAGAAACCGAGCCAAUAUAUAAAGGAGAUCAUUUACGGAAAUAUCCCCCGAAAAUGAGGGUUCUAGAUUAUAUCAUCCCAAAGAUGAAAACUCCAGUGAUUUUUAUGAACAUAAGUAGGAUGACAGAUUACAGAAAAGAUGCUCAUCCUUCAAUAUACAGAAUGGAAUACAAGACCAAAGAAGAAUGGGCCACCGCAGAGCAACACCAAGAUUGUAGUCAUUGGUGCUUACCAGGAGUACCGGAUACCUGGAACGAGUUACUCUACGCAUCUCUCUUAAAAUAUGGUAAAGGCAAUUGGAAAACCUGAGAAAUCUUCAUGUACCACGAUUCUGGUUGAUUUUGGUUCAUUAUACACAUUGAGUUCAAGACUCAACACAUGUAUAUUCCUUGGUUUCCACUAAAGGGUGUCUUGAGUUAUGGUCUGUGCAGAUGAAUAGUUAGAGUGACAAGUUUAUAUGUAUUUUGUGUAUUCAUCUGGUUGCAGACAUAUUUGUCUUAAUAUUAUUUACCAUGAAAGCUAAAGAAUCUGUCGAUCAAAGGCCUGAUUUGAUUCUCUGCA